AUGGUGUCAUCAGAUAUUGUUAAUAUUAUUUUCGAUGCACUUACGAUCGGAAGUGCUGCAAUAUCAAUAUUAAUAUCCAUAUCAAUGAUUGUAAUUAUGCUAUUGUAUAAAUUAUCUAUUAAUCGUGAUCGAACAGUUGAUUUACUUAGUUUUAAUAUGUAUGUAAGUCUUCUUUUUGGUUGUGCUAUUAUGUUAGAUAUUUAUUGUUAUACUUUAUAUGGUCAUUUACAUGGUAACAUUUCAUUUGAUGGAGAAUGGUGUUAUAUCAAAGCUUAUUUAUUUCAUGUUAGUGGAUGUGCAUUCUUCUAUUCUUAUUUACUUCAAGCAAUUUAUCGACUUUGUCGAAUUGUAUUUUAUACAACACCAUCAUUACAAUCAUUUAAAUUAUAUAUCUAUGGAAUAAUUAUUCAAUGGAUUUUAAGUUUUGUACAAGUUAUACCAGUUAUUUUACUUAAAACAUUUCAAUAUCUACCUGAUGUUUAUCAUUGUCUAAUAGCAAUACAUAAUUUACAUGGUUUAUUAUUAGUUCUCUCAUUUGUUCCUAUGAUACCUGUCUUAUUGACAACAACUUGUUAUAUUUAUACAAUGAUGUAUAUUCGAAGAUGUAGUAAAACAGUAAGACCAAUUCAUCAAUUAGCUAAUAAUCGUCGAGAUUUUAUUAUUUUAACACGAAUGUUUACACUUCUUGGUGUUAAUAUUUUAUCAAAUAUGCCAACAUUAGUUAUUGGUUUAUGUUUUCAGUUCUUUGAACAUCUUCCAUAUUGGUUAACUCAAUUUCAAUGGUUUACAGCAACGUUUUCAUUAUGUAGCAUUUCAGUGGUUCUAAUAUUUGUUUCACCUAAUUUACAAAAGCUGUGGAAACGAUUACGUUAA